AUGUCGUCGUCGGUGUUCGAUACCGGUAACGAGGGCAAAUAUCGCGGCGCCAAUGUCGCUUCGUUGUCGAAUAAGAAGAAGAAGAAGAAGAAGGAGAAGAAGAAGAAGAGAAAGCAGAACACCGAGAAACGACACCUCAGAGUUAGAUCGGCCAUCGACGCGUCCUCGACUAGCGGUAUAACCUGGGAGCGCGUUGGGAAGCCUAUCGAUCUUAUCGGACAUCUACACUGCGAUAUCUUCAAUCAAGAUCGAUUUUUGAUAAACGGUGUAGAGAUACGUUUGCGUCUAGUGCGCAGCCGCGAUUCGUUUUGUCUCAUGGACCCGUUUAAAGUACACGAGGCGACUUUGCUCGUGCGCCGAGUAAACGUAAACCCCGGAAUACUGUUGUCUCACGAGCGCGCGCUGGCUAAAACCAUGGCGAGGUAUCCGCUCACGCGUGUAGAGGUGAAGGUCAUGUCGAUGCACGCCGGUUUGCACGGCGAGACACUGGACAACGCGAUUCUCGGCCAAUUGCCGAAACGAAUCAUUCUUGGUUUCGUGGAUAACAGAGCCUUCAAUGGUGAUCGCAAACUCAAACCUUUCAAUUUUGCGCACUAUAACAUCAAUUAUCUGUCUCUGUAUGUGGACGGCAUUCAGGUACCGUCUAAACCUCUACAGCCGGAUUUCACCAAGAAUCGUUUAUACGUGGACGCGUACCACACGCUGUUUUCUGGUACCGGCACGCAUUUUCUCAAUCAAGGUAAUUGCAUCGAUCGGGAAAAAUAUCCCGAUGGCUAUUGCCUCUUUGCCUUUGAUCUGACACCCGAUCUCUCGGCCAAUGAGAACUCCCAUUGGAAUUUCAUCAGGCACGGCAGCGUAAGAAUCGAGGUGCGAUUCGAGAACGCUCUGUUGUCGACGGUAAAUUGCAUCAUUUAUGCUGAGUACGAGAAUGUUCUGGAGAUAGACGCAUCGCGCCACGUCCUGGUAGAUUUCAACGGCUAA